AGAUUCAUCAAUGUGGAAGACGUCGUUAUUCGUAAUUGGCUCAUUUGCUUUCAUGCGGUUAUUCGUGCCCAGUUUGUGGUGCACCUUAGCUGAUGCAGCUGAAGUUGGUGGUCGAUUCCAAUUUUACUUAAUAUAAAUGAUGCCUUCGUUGAAAUGGUGCUGCUUAUUCCAUGAACAAACGCCACCCUGUCAACAUUGGAUCUACAUUGUGCACUGCUUAUCGGCAUCGAUCGCAUUGUUUGACCGCAGAAAGUAAACCAGACGGAAGCAUAGCGUGCUUUUGGGUCGCUUCGAUGAGCAUAGCCAGUGGUUUCUGGGAAGUGUAGGUGUGAAAAUAACAAUUUUGCAGUGCAGCUGAACAGCACUUGGUGUUAAAGCAAGGUGGAAGAAAUGAUAUGUCAAUUGGCUUUUCUCGCGAUUGGUGCUUUCGUAACUCGUGCUGAACCUGUUCCAGAGCCUGAUCCGGCACGAGUGCUAGGAAAAUAUGUGUUUUCUUAUGAACCGUCAGGAAAAAAUUACAAUGUUCGUAAACCAUUGGACUUGAGUUAUUUAGGUGAUAACGAUGAUUAUGAUACAGAUGCCUCCACAAUUCACGACAGCUAUGGACAUUCAUCAUCAAGUUCUUCGACCAGCCCUGGCUUCAUGACAUCAUUUACUUCUUCUGUGAAACAUAGACCCCCUCCGGCUAAUGUUGACAGUGAUAGUGAAGAAGAUGCCGAUGACCGGGGAAGUUAUAGUCAUGGCUAUGAAAAUGGUAACUCAGGCUAUUAUAAAAAGAAGUCGAUCAUACCGAUCUUGCAAUCGUACAGUAUCAUACACUCGGCAAAAGAACCAACGUCUUCUAUUAUCAAAAAUACUCACCAUAGCGAUGAUGAAGAUGAUGACGAUGACAAUUAUGGUGAUCGAUACAGGGCGCCAAAAAUAAUUCACACCAAAGCAAAGACGAUCCCCAUAAGCCAGCACAUUGAAGUGGAAAAACCCGUGCCGAUACCAUAUGUUACGAAAAUUCAUGUGCCAAUUCCCAAAGGAGUCAAGGUUCAUAUUCCGCAUCCGGUAUUAGUACCGGUCCCUCAGCCAUAUCCUGUUCACGUCCCUGUAUCGCAACCAGUGGCGGUUCCAGUAAUAAAGGAGAUUACUAUUCCGAUUGAGAAGAUUGUGCCUUAUCCGGUGGAGAAAAAAGUCCCAGUGCCCAUCGAGAAGCCAGUACCGUACCCUGUGGAGAAACACGUCCCAGUGCACAUUCCACAGCCAUACCCAGUGAAGGUUCCAGUGAUUAAAACCAUCGUCCAUAAACUGAAGGCGCCACGAACAGUUGGCGUGGGGAGUGUCACAAUUUAAAGCGAUGAAAAUGUUCUUUUUUAUAAAUUGAUUUGUGUUAUGGAGCUUACGAGUUCAAAACCCGAUGCAAACAAGUAAUUGAAUUUAUGCUAUUACAAGUAAUGUGUGUGUGUGUGUUCCGCAUGAAUGUAAAUUGUACCGCCAAACGUAAAUUAUACCGCCUGCGUGUUGUUAGCAUUAGACGGAUCAUAAAGUAACAAUUGCAGUUAAAUGAAUGAGACUGAAUGGAGAUGUUAUUCAGUGAUUGAGGAGCAAUUGCGAAAUCUAUUAAAUCCUCUGGGUAAGGAUUUUAAACUUAACUCCAGAAGAAAUAUGUUUAAGCCAUAUUGAACUAUCUUAAGCAGAGACUGUACCAUGGAAUACAAAAUCUAACACCACCAGCCCAAUGUGAGCACCGUAAAGGUAAAGGAACCACCGCUGAAGCUUAUGCCAACUGUAACGAUACGAUCAGCCAUAACCCGUUUGACUUAAUAAUUUAUUGCUUUUCAAUUAUGAUCGCAAGCAGCCGACAAACAACAAAGGGUACGGUAGGAUGAAAUAAACGCAACAUGAACAUAAGCUUAGCAUUUGGUAGUCUGCUAUAGCGUUCGGUUUUCCUUCCUCGUGCCAAGUUGAUGCAACAGUAGGGCUGGUCGGCGGUAUGCACGCAAAAAUAUGAACAGCUUGUUUCACUUCUUUGACUGCGUGCUUUUGACUGAUACGUAUAAGUUGCUUUUUUUCUAUAUGUCUGUACAGUAGCAAAAAAAAAACAAUCCAUGUGCACUGGUUAGUAAAUGCUCUACAGACCUAUUUAUAAAUUGUGUUAGUGUUACCAGUUAUCUACUUAUAGCGUAACAAAAGAAUAUGUUGUUAGGUUUGUAUUGUACACAGACGUUUUUAAUAAAAAAUAUAGUUGAAAGAAACUUA